CCGGUGCUGCCUAGGAAUACAAAGGAAGGAUUUUCCUGGAGAGAGACUCACCUGGAACCGACGUCCCACCAGGCUGCGGGGAGAGGCAGAGCAAUGAGGCUUUUCCCCAUUCUGGGUUGGAUGCUCUUCCCAGGCUGCUGGGCGGUGACGGGCCCCGGGGCAGUGAGCGGGCUCCUGGGCGGGUCGGUGGCUGUGCGGUGCCGGUACCGGGGCGGCUUUGAGGAUUAUCUGAAGUUCUGGUGCCGGGAAGGUGGAAGUUGGCACUGUUCCAACUGGCUUCACAUCGUGGAGACCAAUGGGUCGGAGGCCGAGGUGAGGCGGGGCAGAGUCUCCAUCCGGGACAAUCACACCGAGCUCGCCUUCACCGUGACCGUGGAGAACCUGACCCGGGCAGACGCCGGCACGUACCACUGCGGGGUCGGGAAGUCUGGGCCUGACCCCAGGGCCGCUGUGAAACUCACCGUCUCCCCAGCUAAUUAUUCCCCAACCUCAACAGAAACGUCAUCAUCAGCGAUAGUGCAACCAGCUGCUUCUUCCCCCUCAAUAUCUACUUCCCUCGGGACAAAUGCUGAGAAAGGGAAAUCCAGCUUCUCCACUAACCAUGACACCACUCCCUCGGGCAGGUCCCAAGACUCAGACAUCCUCUUCUACGUCCUGAUACCAUGCGUCCUACUGGUUCUCAUUUUGUUGCUGCUCGCUGCUGUGAUGUUGGUAAGACUGUCCAAGAAGAGGAAAAAAGCUCUUUCAGGAGCAUCUGUGCAGAGGGACAAGAAAAUCAACCUGUCAAAUUUGGGUUCAGAAGAGGUUUCUUAUGCCACGGUGACGAUUUCCACCCCCGACCAGCAGCCCAUCUAUGCCAACGUGGAGCAGCGCCCCAAGAAAACACGCCCAGCCAAGCCCCCUGAGGAAACCCUGUACAGCGCUGUGAAGAAGCCAACCAAACACUAACCCUGGAUAGGAGGCCGAGUGGUGAUGGGGGGCUGCAUGGUCCUUAUCCAAGCUGCUUGAUCCCUACCUGGCAACAUGUGAAGCAACAGGGUUUAGAAGCCAAUCUGACCUGUACAAACUCCGCCACCUGUUGUAGGCAGAGGACUUACAGACACACUCAGCCUGGACCUGGAGUCUGUUGGUUUGUCUGAUGGACAGGUGGCCUGAUGGAACUAAACAGUUGCUGUUAUCUUGUGAGGAGUGGGUUCAAAGAGCCAGUGGCUGGGCUUACAGACAAUGAACCUCCCCAGGAUCUGGUCAGCAGGACACGAGAGAAACGUUGUAUCUGUGUUUGAAUAUCAUACAUCUGGUGCAAAAAGGGAGCUUAGCGGGACCACGAAGCAAACCUGCCUGCAAGAGGAGUUUCCUCCAUAUCAGGAGAGAGAGUAGUUCCCCCUGUCACCACCUCUGACAGCAAGUUAAACCGGAAACAGACCCAGGCAUCCGAGAGAUAGAUGGAAAGAUAAUUUACAUGCUCACAGGUCUCCUGGUGAUUAAAUCUAUCAAGCUCUGGAAUCAAAUCAGGUCAAGCAUCUACAUCCCAGCCUGUUUUCAUACAGAAACUUAAAACCCCUGGAACUGAAUUUUGAACUGGUUGGACACAGGGCAAUCAUCAUCUACAGAGAGGAGAAGUGCAUGGGGAGGAACCUGGGCCUCAGAGUUGUCUCUAUGCAUUACUGGGGGGAUGGUCUUAUUAAGGUUGCCUCCCCAACACUUCCCAUUAUAAAACCCCAUUUUGGUUGCUUAUAACUUUGCCAAAUUUGAAUUUUAAAUUUUCUUAGCCAGGUGUCUCCCUCAGAAUUAUUUUUUUUGUUUUGUUUGUUGUUGUUGUUUUUUAAGCUUCAACCAUACAGUUCAGAUAUUCCUGAGAACAAGGCUAGGGAUAAAUAUGCUGCCUUGCAAUGUUAAUAAAAAUUCUCUCUCUUUUCUUUGAGAAGCUGUAGUGCCCACACACUUUGCAGCCAGGACUUGAAAUCUGGUAGACCGUGGCCCGUGUCUCAGGGACAUACCUUUUGCUGUGAAAAUCCAGUCAAAUUUGGCCAAUUUAUAAGCCUUUGAAAAAUCCGUGUUUGUACAUGCUCAGUAAAAACUUCUUCCAGUUGCACAGACCACCAUUAAUUUCAGCAUCCCCUAACUUUUCAUUGCUUGAUUUUGCAACCUUAAUGUUAUUUUAAUGUCGGUUUUUUGCAUGCAAUAUGUUAUGCAAGGAGGGCCUUCUAACCACCGUCUUUCCCUCACCCUGCAGUAUGGACUGAUGGCGUGAAAGUUUUAUUUAUUUUUCUAGCAUGAACUACCCUAGAUUUAAGCCUCUUUCUUCUUGCAAAGGGAAUUUGUGACCAUCCAGAAACAAUGGAUUAUUAUAAAUUAUGUCUCACUGGCAUCAAUCAUUUAUACUGCAUGACUAGCGUUAAUCAGGCUUCCUACAGAAAGCCCAAUGAGUGUGAGAGGGUCGAAAAGCAACUAAACAUUGCUGCACUUGUUAAUAAACAUCUGGAGCCAGCCAUGAAUUUCAUGCAUUGCUGUGAACCAUGGGAAACAAAGGCUCCUGGAAACAGAAAGCAUAAUAAAAAAAGAAGAUCUGGCUUGCGUUGGAGGUGCUGAGCUAAGGUGUAUAAGAUCUAGAUUCAAUUCCCUUGUCUACCACAGACUUCCUCUGUAACUAUGGGAAAAUCACUUAUCUCUGGGUGUCAGUUCCUCAUCUACAAAACAGAAGUACUGCUACUUCCCAAAGAUUUUGUGAGAGUAAAUUAAUGAAUGUCUGAAACGCUCACUUACUACAAGGAGUGGGGUUGUAACAGUGUCAGCACCCAUCUCUUGCGAGCGCCCCCUUCUGGACAACAUAUGCCUGUAAUUACUCAGUUUUUUCACAGGGCAGCACCCACCUCUUCUCACAGGCACCCACUUUUUAGUUAGGUGUGAGCCCUGCUUUUCUUUGGGUUCUUACACCAGGGUGGCACCCGCCUCUCACGAGUGUCCCCCGGCCACUGGUUGUAUCAGUGACUCAGCCCUCCAGCCAAGUCACACACACCAUCCCCCCUUCUGGGGUAUACAGUCUGUCUUUCUCACGGUCCUGGUAGGGGGCCCAAGCACCAAGGCUUCCUCCCCAGGGACACUGCCUUCUUUAACAGCCCAACAGGGGCCCAUCUCAGCACCCACAGUUGGUGUCCUUACAGCAACCCUCGCUUGGGCUCAGUCUUCAACCAAACCAGCACGGUACCCUCGCCUGGUCUGGCUAAGUUCUGGGCUCAGUCCCCUGAGCUCAGCCUGUCCACAGUCCUGCUGCUCUUCCAGCAACCCAGACCUACAUCUUCAAGCUCCAGGCAACACACUGCUCUCCUGCUGCUGCUUCCUUUUUUAUGGCCCUUCUAGCCCCUGAUUGGUUGCUCCAGCAGCCCCUCUGAUUGGCUGCUUCUCUGCAGCCACUCUAGGCCACCUGGAGGACUUCUCUGCUUUUUGGAGGGGGCAGGGCAAAGCAGGGUCAGGAGGUUUUCAGCAGGGGGCCUCCAGAGCUAGUCCACCCCAUCACAGGGGUCAAUAAAAGUAUCUAGAUAGAUAAUUUGCAUGCCACGAGGGAUUAAAUUAGUUUCUUAAACUAAGAACCCCUCAGCAGUGUUAAAAAUAACUUCUCAAGUGCAUGGAUCAUGUGACAGUCAGCAAUGCUGAUCUCUUGAUAUAACUGAUUAAAAAAAAAAAAGCAUACAAGGUCUCUGUUAAGGUUUUGUAUUAGGCUGCAAGUUUGAUAAAGUUUGGUACAUAUCACGUCUUUGGUACCUGUUGGACUUGGAAGUGAAAGCCUUAUGGAAUGUCGACGUGCAUUAUUGAGAGUGUUCUAGGCAAUGUGAAAGUGGAAAGGAAUGCAAAAGACAUCUUUUUAUUUCCAUGCUCUAAAGGGGGAGGAGGGGAGGUGUCCUGAUGCAAUAUUACCUGCCACUAAAUAUAGUUUUUCUUUGCUAAUUAUUUCUAGUACAGUAGCACUCAGAAGCCCAAAUCAAGAUCAGGGCCCGGUUGCCCUGAAACUUGUACAAAUACAAAAUAUGAGCCUGUCCCUUCUCCAAAGUGCUUACAAUUCAACUAUGGGCAGGAUGUGAUAGGUGGAUGUAGGGCAAAGCAGUGCUGGUCACAGACUAGACGUUUUUCCCCAUGAAAAAUUUCAAACAUAGACUCUGUUUGAACUUCUCCAAAUUUCCCACAGGAAGCUUCAAACUGAUUCAAAACAAGAAUUUUCAUUCUCAAAUCAACAGUUUGUUCAACUAAAAGUGUCAUUUGUUUGGUUUUUCUGAAAAAAAAUCUAAUUAAAAGGACAUUUUAAGCAAAGGCAAAAUUAAAAUUUCUCUUUUCCUUUGAAAUGUCCAUUCAAAGUAAAAAAUUUCAUUUUGAAUUUUACUGAAGAAACUGAAAUCUUUCAUUGGACUUUUCCUGUUACGAAACAGGAUGUUAACAUAACCUGCAGCCAUCUUGUACACUUAGCCACUAUAAGCUGGAAGCAAGGACACCACGUAGUCAGGAAUAGUUUGACCUGGGUACAACCAAAGCAGACAAAAUAGCCCCACAGCUUCAGUGUUUGUCUGGGAGGUGAGAAAGUGACAGGGUCAUGGGAAUGAAAGGGAGCGUGAAGAACUGAUCUUGGCUCUGGGUGUCUGUGAUUAUAAGUUUUGUUUUUUGCUGAGAGCGGCUUUACGGAUAAGUAGAAAUUAUGAGGGAUUUUUUUUUGUUGUGUUUUUUUAAACUGUUGCUAGAGAAAUGGUCAGCCUAUUAGAGAUGUUCUGAGUUAUUUGCCUUAAGUAAGGUAUAAAAAGAUUAGCAAAUCUUCCCCAUGGCUAGGAGGAAGGCUGGCCGCUGGAGACCUGCUACUGGACACCACCUCAGACUUUGGGUAACUAUAUCUGGGGUGCUCGCAACUAUUGCUAUUUUGUGUGUGUGCUGUAGACUCAAUAAAAAUAAGGCUUUGGGGAUGAAA